CCCUACUAUUUUCACUCCAUAUUUCUCCAAACCACACUACUGGAUUUCCUCCAAUCCUCUUCAAUCUUGUCUAUAAAUACACACAUUUUAUCUCAACUCCAAAUCACACGCAAACAAACAUCUCUCAACAUUCUCUCUCCACCUAAUUUGUAUUCUUCUUAAUUUCUACAAUGGCACAACCCCUUGUUUUCAAAGUUACGAGGAGGAACCCGGAGCUAAUCGCUCCGGCUGGUCCAACCCCGUACGAGUUUAAAGAGCUAUCCGAUAUCGAUGACCAAGAAGGUCUUCGAUUUCAAAUUCCGGUAAUACAAUUUUACCGGAAUGAUGAAUACUCUGGUGGGUCUGCCACCAGAGGGGCGGACCCAGCAAGAGUAGUGAAAGAGGCCGUGGCGAAGGCAUUAGUGUCAUACUACCCUUUCGCCGGACGGCUAAGGGAGAAAGAAGGGAGGAAAUUGGAGGUGGAAUGUAAUGGUAAAGGUAUAAUGUUUAUUGAAGCUGAUGCGGAUGUAACUCUAGAUGAGUUUGGAGAUGCUCUUCAACCUCCUUUCCCUUGUUUGGAAGAACUUUUAUUUGAUGUGCCUGGCUCAACUGCUGUUUUGGAUGCCCCUUUGAUCCUCAUUCAGGUGACAAGGCUUAAAUGUGGUGGAUUCAUACUAGCACUUCGAUUAAACCACACCAUGGCUGAUGCUCCUGGCUUAGUCUUAUUCAUGAACGCAAUCGCUGAGUUCGCUCGCGGUGCUAAAUCGCUAUCGACCCAGCCAGUAUGGGACCGCCACCUAUUUAAUGCUCGGAAUCCACCUCAAGUCACCUGUGAACACCGUGAAUACGAGGAGGUUGCAGACACUAACGGCACCAUUAUUCCACUAGAUGAUAUGGUUCACAAGUCUUUCUUUUUUGGGCCCACAGAGAUAGCAGCUCUAAGGCGAUUCCUUCCUCCAAACACAAAAGCCUCAACAUUCGAAAUACUCACAGCAUGUUUAUGGCGGUGUCGCACAAUCGCUCUUCAACCCGACCCGGAAGAAUCGGUCCGAAUCAUGUGUAUAUUCAACGCAAGAUCCAUAUUCAACCCGCCUAUACCUUCGGGUUUUUACGGCAAUGCAUUUGCUUUUCCCGUAGCAAUUUCAACCGCCGGAAAACUUUCGGGUAACCCGAUUGGGUACGCUUUGAACCUCGUGAAAAAAGCCAAAGCUGACGUCACACAAGAGUAUAUGAGAUCACUAGCUGACCUCAUGGUUCUAAAAGGCAGGCCCCACUUCACAGUGGUUCGGACUUUCGUUGUUUCGGAUGUCACACGGGCCGGAUUUGCGGAUCUGGAUUUCGGAUGGGGUAGACCCGCUUAUGGCGGACCCGCUAAAGGUGGGGUUGGGGCAAUUCCUGGUGUUGCGAGCUUUUAUAUUCCAUUUAAAAAUGGUAAAGGAGAGAAAGGAAUUGUGGUUCCUCUUUGUUUACCCGGAAAUGCUAUGGAGAUAUUUGUUAAAGAAUUAAACGGGUUGUUGUCGGAUACUCCAAGUGAGGCUCUGGGCCCUUCAUCCUAUUUUAUUUAUUCUUCUUUAUGAGUGAUUUUGUGUACAAAUAUGUGUGAUUUAAGUUAGUGUGAGCUUUAAUUUUGAGUAACAAAUGUGUUAUGUUGUAUGUCAUUGAUAAAUAAAUUAAGGGGUGGAGAAUCAAUGUCUUAGAGAGGAAUAAAAUUCUGUAUAAAAAAAAAAAUUUGGCGAGAAAAUUGUAGUUUUUAUUCUCAAAUAAAAGUAAGUUGCCUAAUAAUAUGUAGAUUUCUGGUUAAUUAUUCAAGAUUGGUUUAAAA